CAGGGGGUGGGGUCAUGGAGUGGGCAGGGCGAGACGGGCAGUUGAUUUGAGUGUAAUUUGCAUGCCCGGCCCCUGCCCGAGGUGCCGUUGGGUUCCCGGGGGACUCUCUGGUCCUAAGCCGGGAUCACAAGAAACUCCCUGGGGCCUUGAGUCACUGAACUGCCAUGUCUGGGAAUCCAGUGCCAACUCCAGAACAGAACAGUCAUGAAAACAAGGCUACUAAUCUUAGGCAGUCAGAGAAGAAGUGCUCAUGGGCCUCCUACAUGACAAACUCCCCAACACUUAUUGUAAUGAUUGGCCUGCCAGCCCGGGGCAAGACCUAUGUAUCCAAGAAACUCACCCGAUACCUCAACUGGAUUGGGGUACCCACCAAAGUUUUUAAUCUCGGGGUGUAUCGACGUGAAGCAGUCAAAUCAUAUAAAUCCUAUGACUUCUUCCGGCAUGACAAUGAAGAGGCCAUGAAGAUCCGAAAACAGUGUGCCCUGGUGGCCCUAGAAGAUGUCAAGGCUUAUUUCACUGAUGAAUGUGGUCAGAUUGCGGUAUUUGAUGCUACCAACACCACCCGGGAAAGAAGGGACCUGAUCUUGAACUUUGCCAAGGAGAAUGCCUUUAAGGUAUUCUUUGUGGAAUCGGUCUGUGAUGAUCCUGAUGUGAUUGCUGCCAACAUUCUGGAAGUGAAAGUCUCAAGCCCAGACUACCCAGAGAGGAAUAGGGAGAAUGUGAUGGAGGACUUCCUGAAGAGGAUCGAGUGCUACAAAGUCACCUAUCGGCCUCUUGACCCUGAUAACUAUGACAAGGAUCUGUCCUUCUUAAAAGUGAUCAAUGUGGAGCGAUUCCUUGUGAACCGGGUACAAGACUACAUCCAGAGCAAGAUUGUGUACUACUCCAUGAACAUCCACGUCCAGCCCCGAACCAUCUACCUUUGUCGCCAUGGAGAGAGCGAGUUUAACCUGUUGGGCAAGAUUGGGGGUGACUCUGGUCUCUCGUCCCGAGGAAAGCAGUUUGCUCAAGCACUAAGGAAGUUCCUGGAGGAGCAGGAGAUUGUGGACCUCAAAGUGUGGACCAGCCAGCUAAAGAGAACCAUCCAAACUGCAGAGUCCCUAGGCGUGACUUACGAGCAGUGGAAGAUCCUGAAUGAGAUUGAUGCUGGUGUGUGUGAAGAGAUGACCUAUGAGGAGAUUGAAGCAAUACCAGAAGAGUUUGCCCUUCGGGAUCAGGAUAAAUAUCUGUAUCGUUACCCUGGAGGGGAGUCAUACCAGGACCUGGUGCAGCGACUGGAGCCAGUCUCAAUGGAGUUAGAGCGCCAGGGCAACGUCCUUGUCAUCUCCCACCAGGCUGUCAUGCGCUGCCUCCUGGCCUACUUCUUGGACAAGAGUGCAGACGAGCUCCCAUACUUGAGAUGCCCACUCCACACCAUCUUCAAACUCACUCCUGUGGCCUAUGGAUGCAAGGUGGAAACAAUAAAGCUCAAUGUGGAAGCUGUGAAACACUCACCGAGACAAGCCUACCAACAACUUCCCCAAGAAUCAAACCCCUGUAAGGAUGAGAAGGCACAGCUUUCGCCCUCUGUCCAGUUCGGAUACAAUAAAGCGCCCGAGAAAAUUACAGUGUUGGCAGCCGGCCCCUCAAGCCCCUCAGCCCUCUCCGUGCCCUGGACGCUCAAGAAGGGGCUGACCAGCCGACGACCCAACCAGUCAGCGUUCCGGUGGUGUAACUGCAAAAGUGGGGCUGGCCAUGUGAAGGGAUUCUACCCCAGAUCCCCUCAAGAUGCCCAGCUCUGGAUAAAGAGGCCAGGGCCCCACCUCUCCAGGAGACUCAGCCAGACCUACUGUUCACUGCCAAGCUUGGGACCUCGGCGCUGCAGGGGAUAGAGCAGGAAGCUAAGUGGGGGCAGCCGGGCUUUGGGAACCAUUCAGAAGAGGCCUGGAAAACAAAUGACAAACAUAAGCACCUUUUCUCUCCAAUGAAUAUCGUGAACAUCAGCCAGGCAGGGAAGCUCCGAGCCUGCGUGUAUCCCAGG